CGCCCAAGCAAAGUUGUGCCUCCUUCGCAGGUUCCGUAGUCAGGAAGUAACCCUUUGUUUACAUCGUGAGCAAUUUAGCGGAAAGUAACUCAAACCAGAGCUGUAAAAUAGACAUGGCCGACGACGUACUCUUUGAGUUCCUCCACAUGGAGAUGGUGUCCCAUAUUUACAAAGACCAAGCCUCGAGAGGGGAGAUGGACAAGGAUAGGGCAACUUGUGUGUCCACUCUGGAAGGCAUGGGCUUCAGAGUAGGACAGGGGCUUAUAGAAAGGUUUACAAAAGAUUCCCCCAGCUUCAAAGAUGACUUGGAUGUCAUGAAAUUCAUCUGUAAAGACUUCUGGAUAAAUGUCUUCAGAAAGCAAAUCGACAACCUUAGGACAAACCACCAGGGUACUUAUGUUUUGCAAGACAACAAGUUUGCGCUCUUGACACAGUUUUCCAACGGGAAGCAGUACCUUGAGGAAGCGCCAAAAUAUCUGGCAUACUCCUGUGGAUUGGUGAGAGGAGCUUUGUCUAACUUGGGUAUGGACUGCGUGGUGACAGCUGAGGUCUCCCUAAUGCCCUCAUGUAAAUUCCAGGUCGUGAUUCAGAAGAUUUGAAUAGGACCCACUUCGUUAAAAUGUUAUGUUCAUCUGUGACAAUAAAAUAAUGUGAAUGUCAACCUUAAGGUCCUUAAAUGUCAUUACAUUGAAGGUGGUUUACUACAUAUUAUUUUUGUAUUACAUUUUUUUCAAWUUUUUUUCCUUAGAAAGCAAUAAUAAAUUGUAAAGAAUUACACACUUAUUUGAGUUUUAUAACAUACUUAAAAAAAGCUUAAUGUGGUCACCAGAUAUCGAUUCCUCUAUUUAAUUGUCUAACAGAUUUAUUUUGUAUCCUAACAUCAGUUUCAUGUCUUUGUAUAUUAACUAGAAUUCGUCUUCAGUGUGAAACUUGUGAAGGUAUUGCAGUUAGUCUGUUGUAGGUAUCAUCUCUGUUGUUGAGGGAAAUCAAAUACGAAUUGCAUUUUUAUUCUGAAAUGAUUUUCAAACUUAUCCCAUGUCAUUUCCUUGGCUCUUUGUUGACUGUAUUUGCUAAAGAAACAACAAAUAGUUGUUGACGAAAUAACUAUUUUCUGCCACUAGAGGGUAGUCUCUGCAAUAUACUCUUCUCGGCAGCAUGCCUGUGAAUGGAAUUGGAGUGCAUUAUCCUUUGAAAAGAGAGCCCAGUUGAACAUUAUAGCAGUGAUAUCCAGCUCUCCAGUUGUCUCUUUCAAACUUUGUGAAUCAUGUUAUUAUCUUGAGAUAUGAUCUUUCUGCUUUACCCUGCAUCAAAAGAAAUACAUUUAAGACCGGGAUUGAAAA